UUUUCACACCGAUAGGCUGCAUUUUCCCCUCCUCUCCAGUAUAUCUUCUCAGGGAUGGAGAAAUAAAUAAAUACAUUUAUAUAAGGCUUUCAUGGCCGGGAUCACUGGGUAGUUGUAGGUUUUUUCGGGUUAUAUGGCCAUGUUCUAGAGGCAUUUUCUCCUGACGUUUCGCCUGCAUCUAUAGCAAGCAUCCUCAGAGAUUCACCUUCCUUUACAUUGCUUAGUACAAGAUGGGAGUUCAGGGGCUUUGGAAGUUACUGGAGUGCUCUGGAAGACCGAUAAACCCGGAAACACUGGAAGGGAAAAUCCUUGCUGUUGAUAUCAGCAUUUGGUUGAACCAAGCUAUUAAAGGAGUAAGGGAUCGUCAUGGAAAUUCAGUGCCCAAUGCUCAUCUCCUCACUUUAUUUCAUCGACUUUGCAAACUAUUGUUCUUUCGCAUUCGACCCGUUUUCGUUUUUGAUGGAGAAGCACCACUUUUGAAGAGGCAGACCUUGGCUAAGCGAAGACAACGAAAAGAGGUUGCAGCCACAGACUCCAAGAAAACGACAGAAAAACUUUUGAGAACUUUCCUGAAACGGCAAGCUAUCAAAACCGCUUUAGCAGGCAAGAGCACUGCUGAGUUUCCUAGCCUUUCAGAAGUAAGAAGAGAAGAAGUAGAUGAUAUUUAUGUGUUACCUUCCUUACAAGAUGACAAGAAAAAUAGCUCAGAAGAAGAUGACGAAAAAGAAUGGGAAGAGAGAAUGACACAGAAAAAGAUGUUGCAGGAAGAAUUAAUUGAAAACCCUCAUUCUGUUGAUGUUGAAUCAGAAGAUUUCCAGAGCCUGCCCCCGGAGGUAAAACAUGAGAUCCUCAGUGACAUGAAGGAAUUCACAAAGCGCAGAAGGACGUUAUUUGAGGCAAUGCCUGAGGAGUCCAAUGACUUCUCCCAGUACCAGCUAAAAGGAUUGCUUAAGAAAAGCAGCUUAAAUCGGCACAUAGAAAAGGUUCAAAAGGAGAUGAAUGAACAGCACACAGGUGAAAUUCAGAGUCAGUAUGAAGAUGACGGGGGCUUCUUGAAAGAAGUGGAGACUAGGAGGGUUGUGUCUGAAGAUACCUCUCACUACAUCCUCAUAAAAGGUAUCCAGUCCAAAAAAGAGGUUUCCAGAGAUCUACCAACAACAUCUGCAAGCCAUUUGCCCAUGCCUGAAGAUUCAAAGCCUGAUGUGAAUACUUCCAAAACCCUGGUUCAUGAAAAACCACCUCUGUGUGAUCUCUCAAAGACUGAGUCAACAAGUAAUACAGAUCCAACACCUCCUUCUCCCAGAACAGUUCUUGCGAUCCAGGCGGCUAUGCUGGGAAGUAGUUCAGAAGAAGAAAUGGAAGAUGAAAACAAAAACCAGUCAGAUUUGGCAAAACAAAAGUAUGUCUCUGAUAUAGAUGCAGGCAAUGUGUCACCAAGAACACUAAGGGCAAUUCAGGAAGCUUUGUAUGAAGAGGAAGAUAAUUUGGGGCCAUCUUUUCUCAAUAGUGCUGGUAAUAGUCAAGAUGAGAGAUCUUCUGUGAAGGGCUUUCUGGUCAGCAGCUCAGAUGAGGAAAGUCAGGUACCUCAAAGCCAGAGUGGAAAAGAAUUUCCAUUUUUACUUACAGAGCAAUCUGAAAAGAGAAGCAUGAAUGAAGAAAGGGCAUUGGGUAAGGAUCAGAGUGUUCCUGAAGGCCCACACAGCCUUCUUGUGGAAAAAGAAAAAGAAAGAGGGGUGGAAAUAUGGUCACUCCAAAGAGACAAGAGCACAAGCAGGGACAGGCAGCAGUUGACGAUGUCUUCAGCACAUAUUCCAUCAGUUGCCCUCACUCAUUCCCAUUUGUCAGAUGAUGAAGUUGAAGAACUAAGGGAAUUAGUUCACCAGCCGGAGAAAAGUGCCUCUGUUGUGCAACAUGAAUGUUCAUUUCCUUCAGAAACAGGAAACGUUUGUGAGGAAAAAGUGGAAUCUCCAUCAAAGUCUGAAGAGAGUGAUUCUGAUGGUAGCUUCAUUGAAGUGGAUGCUGAGCUAAGUGAAGAAUUUCAGGAGAAAACACAUGAGACACCUCUUUCCUCAUCUGCUCAAAUGGAGGAGACGAUGCCCAAAGAUGCAGUGGAUAUAAAAGGAGGAAGUGACAGCACCAUAGAGAGCCUGCCAGAAAGUUCUGGUGAAGAUGCAGAGCCACUUACAUUGCAGGAUGCCGAAAUAGAAGGCAAAGAGGAAGGUGCAGUUAAUGAGUGGCAAGAUAUUAGUAUGGAGGAAUUGGAAGUCAUGGAAAUGAAUCUUUCUGCUGAACAAAACACACUUCAUGCUCAGAAAAAACAGCAGGAACGCAUUGCUGCCACUGUGACAGGACAGAUGUUUUUAGAAAGUCAGGAGCUUCUGCGUCUCUUUGGUAUUCCAUACAUUGAAGCCCCAAUGGAAGCGGAGGCUCAGUGUGCCAUCUUAGACCUUACUGAUCAGACCUCUGGGACAAUCACAGAUGACAGUGAUAUUUGGCUCUUUGGAGCACGGCAUGUGUAUAAAAACUUCUUCAGUCAAAACAAGUAUGUGGAGUAUUACCAGUAUGUGGAUUUUCAGAAUCAGCUGGGCUUGGAUCGAAACAAGUUAAUUAAUUUGGCCUAUCUCCUUGGCAGUGAUUACACAGAAGGCAUUCCUAGUGUUGGCUAUGUAACAGCGAUGGAGAUUUUGAAUGAAUUUCCCGGACGAGGACUGGAACCUCUCUUAAAGCUGACGGAAUGGUGGACUGAAGCUCAGAAGUGUAAGAAAACACAGCCCCACCCGUAUGAUACUAAAGUGAAGAAAAAAUUGAGGCAGUUGGAAAUUGCACCUGGUUUUCCAAAUCCUGACGUAGCAGAAGCGUACCUGCAUCCUGUGGUGGAUGAAUCCAAGGGGUCAUUCGUGUGGGGAAGACCCGACUUGGAAGAGAUCAGAGACUUUUGCCAGAGCCAUUUUGGCUGGAAUAAGUUAAAAACAGACGAAGUCUUGCUUCCUGUUCUGAAACAACUGAAUGCUCAACAGACUCAACUCCGUAUCGACUCCUUCUUCAGGCUUGCACAGCACGAGAAGCAAGCCAUCAAGAGCCAUAGGGUUCGUAGGGCUGUGACUUGUAUGAGGAGGAAGGAGCGAGAAGAAGAGGAAACUGAAGUCUUGGAGGCUACUGCAGUCCUAGAGGAAGAGUUUAAGAAAAGGGAAAGAAAGAAACGCAAGCAAAGUGAAGAGCAAGGGGCAUGCACUACACAGAGCCUCCGAGGCAAGAGAAAAAAGCAACCGCCACAUGCGAAUCAGAGUGUUUUGGGGGGAGGUUUCAUAGGGGAGAUUCAACUCUCAGAGGCAUCUAGUGAGUCUUCAGCUGAAGAUUUGGAGAAUGAAAUCUUGGGCAAGAGCAAAAGAGAAAAAGCAGCCAAGGUGCUUAAAACGGACACUGGGUGUCACAAAACCAAUCUGGGAUGUGAACUAGCAUGGGAUGAAGCAGGGAGUAGCAGCUCCAGUGAGGAAGAAAAAAUGCCAAUGGUGAGAGCCAGGCCUGUAUUUGGCGGUGGGAAAGCAAGGGGCAAAUCUUCCAGGGGAAGACGAAAGAAACAGUGUUAGCUAGCAAUGUGAUUUUUAAAGAAAUUGUUUUGUGAGCAACACAGUGUAAUCUUCACUAAGUAAAAAUUCCCACCUGUAUUGUGUUUUUGUAUGUUUUGGUACUAUUUAUUUGUAUCAGAGGAAUGUUUGCAAGCUUGAGUUGAAGGUAAUACUAAUCAAGGUGAUACUAUGAAUUAUUUUAUCAAGAUGAUACUAAAUUUCCCACCCUUAAGGAAACUUCCAAAAUAAUAAAUAUGAAUUAGUCUCCCUCAGGAAAUUUCUGAAGGUAAAUCGUGAUGUGUUGUAUGUUUUCUUCAUAAAUGAAUUGAAAUUGUUUUGUAAUGUUGCCAGCCUGUCACUCAGCUUCACACUUCAUGGAAUGUGAUGAGUGGCUUAUCGUACAGGGUUUCUGCAAUCUGCUAGAAGAAAGUAUUUUGGCCCGCUUCAGUUCCUUCAUACUUUAUUUUUUGCCUAUUCUCAAGAGCAAUUAAGUGUAGCAUUCAGUGCAAAACUGUAUCCUAUGGGAGAGGGACAAAUGGUUAUUCUUCAGCUGUAAAGCAUGUGAAAAAUAUAUUAAUGAAUAAUGGCAAAUCAAGCUGAGACAAUAAAAGGAAAAUAGGGGCAUACAUUUCCCUUAGCAUAACAAAGAGAGAAAAUUAGUCAGAUUUGCUAAGUUCAAAGGCAAUUCAUUCAAACUCUUAUAAAAUGAGUCAUAGCUGGUGUCUUUUUCUUCAUUUUGCCCAAAUAGAAUACAGCUACUCAACACUAUUUUAACAGGCAGAAAAGAGUAGGAAAUGCUUUGCUCUUGUUGACAAUUGUAAAAUGUUCAGUGGUUUUUUAAAAAAAUCUUAAAUCUUUUUUCUGCUUUAAAGAAAAGUGUGUGGAAAGUAAUACACACCUGAUUUGUGAUGUCAUAAAACCAAGAAAUGGACCCAAUAACAUUUGGAAUCGCUGAAGGGAAACAGCUGCAUUUUGCAGAAAAGGGGCAAUUAGGAUUACUGGGAAGCUGGAAUAACUUUUCCUUUAGGAUAAAUUACAAGAUUUGUAUUUUAUUUAGCCUAGGGAUAAAAAGGCAAAUCAAAGGUUGGAAUUUGAUGAGCUGUUCAGUAUUAAGCAUCCUGUGGAAAACACUAGAACCUAGACUCCAGUGAAGCUGAAAGGUGGAAGAUAUACACUAGACCUAAAGAGUCACUCACAAAGCUAAAUCCAAGAUUUAAUAUCAGGUUGUAGUGGUUACAAAUAAUAACCAUUGGAGCAGAUUGCAGCAGAUGUCAAGGUGGAAAUAAACUCUUUCCUCCCUAUGUGCAAUUUCUGUGUAAAUUUAUGUUGUCAUGAUUUUCUGUGCUUUUGUACUGUGUAUUUUAUGUGUGUGCUUUUGUAAGCCACCCCGAGUCUCUUCGGGAAGAUGGUGGUGGGAUAUAAAUAAAGUUAAUUUAUCAAA